AUGCUGGUUUCUGUUUUAGGUGACAAUGACAAUACUAGACCAAGGGAUCUUGAUUUUAUGACAUCAACCCCUACGGAACCUUUGGCAUUGAAAACCCCUCCUCGUGUGCUCACUUUGAGCGAGCAACCUUUAGAUUUCUUGGAUCCUGAGCGACCUGUAGCUUCAACACAAAGUGAUGAGUUUCGUUCACAUAGUCGUGUGCGGAGGGAGCGUUCAAUGAGCGAAAAUGCUACCCGACAGAAUGGGCAACUUGUAAGAACAGAGUCUAUAGUGACACCAACUCCCCAACCUCAGCUUGAACCUCGUCUUUAUCCUCCACUCAUCUCCUCUGAAGAUGGACCAAACGCAUACUCUCCUCAUGGCAUUUUGUCAAUAAUCCACUCCACCACCCGUAGGGCCUACCAGCAAGUCUUGGACAUGCUAGAUGAAAAUCGCAGAAGAUCAGUACUUCAUGGUGGGUCAACUUGUGCUACGUCAUCGAACACUCAGCUUGAUGGCUCCAGGUAUAGCAUUUCAAAUUGUGAUUCUGCAGUGGAGGGAACACCAGAUGACUUGGCUGUAGUGGAUUCUGUUUCCUUACGAAGACAGAUAAUUAAGCUCAACCGUAGACUCCAGCUCCUGGAGGAAGAAAACAGAGAGCGCACCCGACGGGAAAUCAUCAUUUACUCAAUAACAGUAGGGUUCUGGUUGAUCAAUAGCUGGCUUUGGCUGCGGCGCUGAAUAGGCAUUGUAUGAAUUGGAUCGUGUGCUAACCGAAGUAAAGGUCUUUUCAAAAACAGCUGGUGACAUGAAGGGCCAGGGAUAUUUUUAUUGCUUCUCCUGUACCAUGCAGACUUCCUUGAGGUCCAUACACAGAUUGCUGACUCCAUACAACACAGGAAAAGGAAUCAUGGGGAGAAAGGGAUGUUUUGUUGCUUCAAUUUAAAAUAUUUAUUGCAUCACUUCAUAAAGCAUUUGUUGACUCAUUUUGCAUGCCUGUGAUUAGGGGAUAUGUAGUUUUCAGGACUUUAAAAUAUGUCAUUGAAUCCAAUGUGCAUGUGACUGUACGGGACCAGUACAGAAGAUGUCAUGGAACAGAACAGAGAAUAAAGCUAACAAGCUGGUUUUUUUAAUUUAUGACUUGCCGGAUCGGUAGGACUACAUAUAAAAGAUUUUGCAAGAGUUUUAUUUGAAGUGAUGUGCAUAUACAUAUUGUGCUUGUAUUCCAUUGUCACAUAAAGAUGAAUUUCUGGUUAUAGGGCCUUAUGUUUUCUGUUUUUGCACUGAUUUUGAAAGGAAUACUGUGGAGUACGACAAUAAACCUUUAUAUUUUUAUGUAUGUGUCAAAAAUAUAUCCUGUUUUCAUUGACUUUUAUUUUUAAUCUUCAUGUCAACCUACGCUCUCGUACAGACGUAUGUAUUUAGUUGUGCUACUGAAAGAAAUUUGAAGCCAGGGUUAUGGGUGGGUGGGGAGUUUGGUGAUGAUCAAGUCAAUCCCAUUCAUUUAACCAUCCAUCCUCUGAACUUGUGAGCAGAUCUAUUCUGUUAGUACUGCUCUGCGGUAAAAUUUCCCCAAAACUGUUUUGUAAAUAUGUGUGGAGGGCCUGGGAUAUUUUGGGGGAGGGGAAGGUAUGUUUUCCUUGAAUGCCAGAAGAGUAAGCGUCACUGUGUCACCUGAACUUAACGUAUUCUGUUGAUGUUUGGAUCAGACAAAUGUUUAGUGUAAUAAUUUCAACUAAAUGAUAUCUUUUAGUAUAUUGUAUACUUUGUACUUGACCUGCAGAUGCACAAAUUUAAAAAUUGACCUUGGUAAAAGACAUUUAUCACAGAAGCAUCAAUGCAAACAUAACAGAGAAGGAAAUGUACUUCUGGGUUUACACUGUGCAAAUCUUUUAAACGUGGCAAACGUUUCUUCGAUUUGACCUUUUAUGUGAAGCAAGCUUGCGCAAGAUUAUCAGACGUACAACUACAUAUGUAAAUAUAGUUGAUUAUAUACAAGAUCGCAAUAAAUAAAAUGAAAUCUGAA